CUAACUGAGUUCUUGUGUUGUGCUGCAGGCCUGAUGGAACUGAGGACUGGAUGACUGUUGGGCACCAGGAGGCUUGAUCCAUGCCUGGUUCUCACAAAACAACCCUAAAGGGAGGGAACCUGAACUACCCCUCUGCUCCUGUUUCCCAUCCCCUCGACUUGAAUCACCCCUGGGGUGAUACUGUCGUGUCCCUUUUGUGGCCUGAAACAUGAUUGGCAAGCUGAAACACAACUUGCUGGUGGCCUGCUUGGUUAUCAGCUCCAUCACUGUCUUCUAUCUGGGUCGUCACACCAUGGAAUGUCACCAUCGGGUGGAGGAGCGCAGCCAGCCAGGUGGAGUUUUACCCCUGUCAGCACUGGGAGGUGGCAUGCGGACCACCUUACGAACAGGCCAGAAUCUCAGCGCACCAUUUGUUUACAACAAAGACAUGCCACUCAUCUUUAUUGGGGGCGUUCCUCGCAGUGGUACCACACUCAUGCGAGCCAUGCUGGACGCCCACCCAGAGGUGCGCUGUGGUGAAGAAACACGCGUCAUCCCACGCAUCCUUGCCAUGAAACAGAUGUGGAGCCGUUCGGGCAGAGAGAAGAUGCGCUUGGAUGAGGCCGGUGUGACGGAUGAGGUUCUGGAUGCCGCCAUGCAGGCCUUCCUGUUGGAAAUCAUCGUCAAACACGGUGAACCCGCCAACUUCCUCUGCAACAAGGACCCUUUUGCACUGAAGUCUCUUUCUUACCUAGCUAAGAUCUUUCCCCAUGCCAAGUUUGUACUUAUGAUCCGUGAUGGGCGGGCUUCAGUGCAUUCCAUGAUCUCACGGAAAGUGACUAUUGCUGGUUUUGACCUUGGCAGCUACCGGGAUUGCCUGACCAAGUGGAACCGAGCCAUAGAGACCAUGUACACUCAGUGUCUGGAAGCAGCUGACAAAUGCCUGCCCAUGCACUAUGAACAGUUGGUCCUCCAUCCAGAAAAAUGGAUGAGAACCCUGCUGAAAUUCCUCAACAUUCCUUGGAAUGAUGCUGUCCUCCACCACGAGGAACUCAUUGGGAAAACUGGAGGAGUGUCGCUCUCCAAGGUGGAGAGGUCCACAGACCAAGUCAUCAAACCCGUUAAUGUUGAGGCGCUGUCAAAGUGGGUGGGUAAGAUCCCCCCUGAUGUGGUGCGGGACAUGGCUGUCAUUGCACCCAUGCUCUCCAGAUUGGGCUACGACCCCCAUGCCAACCCCCCCAACUACGGCCGGCCUGACCCCAAAGUCCUGGACAACACCAGAAGGGUGUUUAAAGGUGAAUUUCAGCUCCCAGAAUUCCUCAGAGAACAAUCACAGGUUCAAAAAUCUGCAGAGAAACCAAACCCCAGUUAGGAGGCGGAGCUCUGUCACUGCCAUUCCAGGAUGUGGUGCAGCCGACAAGAAGCCGUGUCACCGUCAGACACUCAGGUGGUCAUGUGAUCGCAUCUUGUCAGGACGGACAGCUGUUGCCCUUUAAUGUCAUACAGUUUAAAAAUUCAACCAGUCAUUUGAUUCUGUUGGAAGAAACUGCAGCGGAAUGAAUCUUUAGCUUCUGGAAGAUGCAAUAAUGUUCACUUUUUUUCAUGCCUUUGUGUGGUGCGUCAUGGGGUAACAACCACUUUCAUCAACUGAGAUUUUUCAAAAAUGCUGUCCAUCUUGAAAAAUGUCAUCUGGGAUACAAACAGCUGAAUCCGAGACCGCCGGGGUCACAGGAAGGGAGGUCUGUUAGAGAGUAAACUGAGCGACCUUAUGUCAAAACUGAUUUAUGGCCCUGUCAGCCAAUCAGAAUGGACUAUGUCACUAAGCCCCGCCCCCUUAUGACAUCACAGCCAUCAGGAUUGACUGUCACUAUGCCCCCGCCCCUAAGCCCCGCCCCAUUGUGACAUCACAGCCAUCAAAAUCAA